AUGGCAGUCGAUGAUAGUUUUCUGGCUCUGGUGGCCUUCACCCUCACCGAGGCCUAUUUCCUCCAUCGCACCUUAGUCACCCACGAGACCUUGCGCGCCGUGCUUCUCAGCUUGCUAGUCGUCAAUGUUCUUCUCAAAUGCGUCUAUACUAUAUUCAUUUGGCCGUUCUUCGUCAACCCGCUGCGUCAUCUGCCAAAGGUUCCGGGCUUCUUGAGCAAUCUCAAGUUCUUUGACUUCCCCCGUAGGUGCAGACCACUGCUCUGGAUGAAGACCAUCCCAAAUGAAGGGCUAAUCCACCUGCACGACAUCCUCGGCCAGUCCUAUCUGCUUGCCACCAACCAUCAGGCCCUGGCAGAUGUCAUGAGCACAAAGGUCUAUGACUUUGAGAAGCCCUGGCGUGCGCGCAACUUCAUCGCCCGCAUCCUGGGCUUCGGUCUGGUCCUGUCUGAGGGCGCUUCUCACAAGAAGCAACGGAAGGCGCUGACUCCGGCUUUUAAUAUCAAACAUAUUCGCGCCAUGUACUCCCUAAUGUGGGAUAAGACCAACCAGCUUUUGGAGGAGAUGGAAAAAGAGUUGAGACAGUGUCCGAUGCAGGGGACUAACGUGGCUGAUGGGGAGGGUACGCUCGAGAUGGGGGUGUGGGGGAGUCGUUUAACUCUCGAUAUCAUCGGCCCUGCUGCCAUGGGAAGAGACUUCCGCUCGCUACAGAAAAAUGACAAUCCUGUGGCAGAAAGCUUUUUCCGUCUUCGUGAGCCUAGCUUCGAGAAGCUGGUGUUUUUUGCCAUAAAUUUCAUCCUGCCACAGUGGCUGGCGCGGCGUUUGCCCUUGCGCAUGAAUAAAGUAAUCGACGACGAGACUAAUUUCCUUCGAGAUCUCUGUCAAGAUAUUGUCAACGAUAAGCGACAAGCCUUGAACGUAUCUAAGAAUUUAGUCAAGGAUUUUGAGGCUGAUAUCCUUGGUACGAUGAUGCUAGGAGGAGACUUUUCGAACGCAGAGCUAGUGGAUCAGAUGUUAACAUUCCUGGCCGGGGGACACGAAACCACUGCGCGUGCUAUCACAUGGGCCUGCUACCUACUCACCCAACGUCCAGAUAUCCAAGAGCGUCUCCGCUGUGAAAUCCGGGCAAAGAUCCCUUGCGCCAGCAACCCAAUAACUUACCAAGACCUCGAAUGCUUACCUCUACUAAACGGCGUCUGCCAAGAAGUCCUACGCCUCUACCCCUCAAUCCCCGCGACACUUCGAGAAUCUAUACGCGAUACUGUAAUCGCUGGCACUCGCAUCCCUAAGGGCACACGUGUGAUCUUGUGCCCGUGGGCAAUCAACCGAGCCCCAGUCUUCUGGGGCGAUAACGGCGAGGAGUUCUUGCCGGAGCGGUGGAUCGACAAGGACAAGAAUGGUAACCUGGUGCCGAACAACCAUGGUGGUGCAUCAACCAAUUUCGCGCAGAUUACUUUCCUACAUGGUCAGCGGUCGUGUAUUGGGAAGGACUUCGCGCGUGCGGAGCUGCGGUGUGCGGUGGCGGGUGUGGUUGGCCGGUUUGCAUUUGAGAUGCAGGAUCCGAAGCAGGAAAUCCAUAUUGCUGGCGCGUUGACGACGAAGCCUAUUGAGGGGAUGCAUUUGCGGAUGCGCCGGCUUGAUGCCUGGUAG